UGGGAGUUAAGCUCGAAGAGGAGACAGAAAGAGACUCAAAGGAGAAAAAACAGCAACCUGGAGGAGGAAAAGGGCGUUCAUACUUCGAAGUAACCAUGGAAGUUCCUGGUAUGCAGAGUUCUCAGAUUGAUCCGGAGGAGUUGUUCACGAAAUUGGAUCGCAUCGGAAAAGGAUCUUUUGGAGAGGUGUUCAAAGGUAUCGAUAAUCGCACUCAGAGCGUUGUUGCCAUAAAGACGAUCGAUCUGGAGGAGGCGGAGGAUGAAAUCGAGGACAUCCAGCAGGAGAUCACAGUUCUCAGUCAGUGCGACAGCCCGUACAUCACCAAAUAUUACGGCUCCUACCUCAAGGGCAGUAAACUAUGGAUCAUCAUGGAGUAUCUGGGUGGAGGUUCAGCGCUCGACUUGCUGCGGGCGGGUCCGUUCGAUGAGUCUCAGAUCGCCACAAUGCUGAAGGAGAUCCUGAAGGGACUCGACUACCUGCACUCUGAGAAAAAGAUCCACAGAGACAUUAAAGCUGCCAACGUGCUGCUGUCGGAGCACGGUCAGGUGAAGCUGGCGGACUUCGGGGUGGCCGGUCAGCUGACAGACACGCAGAUAAAGAGGGAAACCUUCGUGGGAACGCCGUUCUGGAUGGCUCCCGAGGUCAUCCAGCAGUCCGCCUACGAUUCCAAGGCCGACAUCUGGUCGCUCGGCAUCACGGCCAUCGAGCUCGCCAAGGGCGAACCUCCGCACUCAGAGCUGCAUCCGAUGCGAGUGCUGUUCCACAUCCCCAAGUCGCCCGCUCCGCAGCUGGAGGGAGAUUUCUCCAAGAGCUUCAAAGACUUCACAGAGUCCUGCCUCAACAAGGACCCCACCUUCCGUCCGACAGCCAAAGAGCUCCUCAAACACAAGUUCAUCGUCAAACACUGUAAGAAGACGUCGUACCUCAGCGAGCUCAUCGACAGGUACAGGAGGUGGAAAGCUGAGGGCCACAGCGACAGCAGCUCCGAGGACUCAGACAGUGAGUCCAGUAAUAAGGAGAACAGCGAGUCUCCGCCGUGGUCCUUCACCACCGUCCGCAAGAAGAAGACGGAGGGCAGGAAGGUCCUCAAUGGAACGGGUCAAGAUCAGCUGAGUAAAUCUGCCAGUCUGACAACAGUCAUCUCUCCUGUCUUCACUGAGUUGAAGCAGCAGCACAAGGAGCACUCUGAGCAGCGAUUGGCCAUCGAGGAGUUGGAACGCAACAUCCGAUUGGCUGAAGAGGUCUGUCCAGGCAUCACGGACAGGAUGGUCACACACAUUAUUGCCAGAUUCACGACCAAGUGAAGGACUCAAAAAUGGAUCAGAAAAGGAAGUACGUUUUUGCAAAGAGAGACUGUGUCUCCGAACGGUGACGCUGCUGGAUGAUUUGGAAACUGAGGAGAUUUGCUGUGCGAUGUCUCCUCGCUGUACUCACACAUCACACACAUAUACACACAGACACACAUGCACACACACUACUAAUGUAAUAUAUACACUAUAUAUUAGA